UUUUGCUCUCUUUCCUUGGUAUGUUCAUAAUAAUAUAAAAUACACAGAAAGCAUUUUCUGCAAAAUGACGCCGAGGCCAAAGACUUGGCGUAUAUCCUACGUCAUUGGAUUUCGAGGUGGGGACUUCGGGUCAUCGGAUCAUUGUGCGAGAGUUCGUGCAAAAGCCUCUGGGUCGUGGCUACAGCGGCUGAUCGAUCGCAAGGACAAAUCUCAUCAUAAGACACGAGGGCUGAUUCACUAAGGAAGGAAAAUGCCUCUUUGUGGUUCUGCUGAUGGCUUUCUACUGGUGCACCGAAGCGUUACCCCUGGCCGUCACUGCAUUGCUUCCAAUAGUCCUCUUUCCAUUAUUGGGUAUCCUACCCUCCAGCAAAGUCUGCCCCCAGUACUUUUUAGAUACCAACUUUCUGUUCCUUAGUGGCCUCCUUAUGGCAGCAGCCAUUGAGGAGUGGAACCUACACCGAAGGAUUGCUCUGAAAGUGCUUACGCUUGUAGGGGUGCAACCAGCAAGGCUUAUUUUAGGCAUGAUGAUGACUACAGCUUUCCUCUCUAUGUGGCUGAGUAACACCGCCUCCACAGCCAUGAUGCUUCCCAUCGCCAACGCUAUCCUGAAAAGCCUUUAUGGGGAAAGAAGUAGCAAGGAAAAAGGACUGAACAAUAACUGUGACAGCACAGCCUCCAUUCAAGAAAAAGGUCUCCAUCCUGUUCCAACUGAAAUGCAAUUAUUGGCAGCCAAUGAAGAAAACAAAGAUCUCCCAGAGAAGAUAGACAUUCCUACUGACACACACCCUGACCUACAGAAAGAAAAGGAGUACCAGAACAGAAUCUGGAAAGCUUUUCUCAUCUCCAUCCCAUACUCAGCCAGUAUUGGUGGGACAGCUACUUUGACUGGGACAGCACCAAACCUCAUCCUUCUGGGACAGCUAAAGAGCUUUUUUCCAGGAUGUGACGUGGUGAAUUUUGGCUCUUGGUUUGCCUUUGCAUUCCCUCUGAUGAUCUUAUUUCUCUUUGUUGGAUGGUUGUGGAUCUCAGUUCUACAUGGAGCCAUAAGCCUACGCUGCAAAAGGAAAAAGAAAUCCGAUAUCAGAUCUGAGGCAGAGUCCAAGGCAAAAGACAUCAUACAGGAAGAUUAUCGCAAGCUGGGCCCUACCAAUUUUGCAGAAAAAUCCGUCUUUGUCUUCUUCUGUCUUUUUGCCAUAUUGCUGUUCACGCGUGAUCCAAAAUUCAUACCUGGUUGGGCCUCUGCAUUCACCCCUGGGUUUACCUCAGAUGCAGUGACAGGAAUUUCCAUAUGUAUCGUCCUUUUCUUUUUUCCCUCUGAGAAGCCUUCUCUGAAGUGGUGGUUUGACCUCAAAGCACCCAACACUGAGAAUAAAGCACUUUUAUCUUGGAAGAAAGCCCAAAGCACCGUGCCCUGGAAUAUCAUUCUACUGCUCGGAGGAGGAUUCGCUAUGGCUAAAGGUUGCGAGGUUUCUGGGUUAUCUACAUGGAUAGGCAGUCGGCUGCAACCACUGGAGGGUAUUUCGCCUGCGCUUGCAGUUCUGCUGGUCACUGUGCUGAUUGCCUCCUUCACUGAAUUUGCCAGCAAUACUGCCACCAUCAUUGUCUUCCUUCCAAUCCUGUCAGAGCUGGCUAUUAGGCUUAAAGUCAAUCCAUUAUACUUAAUGGUCCCUGGGACUGUUGGGUGUUCAUACGCUUUCAUGUUACCCGUCUCCACGCCGCCCAAUUCAAUAGCAUUUUCUACAGGACAUUUAAUGGUGAAGGAUAUGGCUAAAACUGGGCUGGUAAUGAACCUGAUGGGCGUGCUCCUUCUCAGUCUGGCUAUGAACACCUGGGCAACCAGCAUAUUCCAGCUCGGUACCAUUCCGGAUUGGGUUCCGUCUCACAUUUACAAUGUCACAGAGCUGGUAACUAGAGCACAGAACAUCACUACAGGAGGUUAAGAGCAGGAAUAAGUUUUCCAGAACUGACUGCAAACAGCAAAGGGGACACAGGUACAGAGCCCGUGCCAAACUGCACUGUGAAGAAUGGCCAACUUCUCCCUGAGUUGCCCCAUGGCUGGCACUAUUUGCACAAUACAAACAGCUGCUGUUGGAUUUGUAUGUUAUUAAUGGAUCUGCACAUGGCUGAAGCACAGAACUUUCUUCUGAAAUUGUGUCCUAUAAAUAAGAUAUAAUAAUUACUGGACCGUCAUACAAUCCCAUAUAGAAUAAUGGACCUCUGUAUGGGGAUUGAACCCACAACUUGCUGCUCAGCCCAUUCCAUCUGGGACUUCACCCAUUGCAGCUACCCCAACUAUACCCUCCAUAUCCAGAUCUCAAAAGGGCUCAGACUGCUUCUGAUUUGGAAAUUUCUAAUAGUAACUGUGACAUGUUACCCAUGGGGUUAAGUUUUUGAGGUGGCAGGACCACAUUUCAUUGUUUGUAGCAAUUUGGGAUCUUAAAUAUGAACUGGCAUGCCGGCCAUACUUGCAUUUAGCUUUCUAACUGCUUUCCUUAAAUGUAUUAAAUUAUUCUACAUCAAAUAAAGAAUAGCAACCGCCUUAUAUCAUUACAGUAAUAGUCAAUGGGUGAUCACAUUUACGGCAGCUUUUAAGGUUAUGUCAUAAUAUGUGCAACAUUUGCUACAGGUCUAACCACCUAUAGCAGCCAAUCAGCAGCUAUUGUUUACUGAUUGGCUGUUUGCUUUUAAACAUCUGAGUGGUUGCUAUGGGAUACUGCACCUUUCAUUACAUAUUGGUCUUAUUGCAAAUACAUGUCUAUGAAGAUUUUCAUUCAUCCAGGUCAUGGUAUAUCUAGUAUAAAUAAAUUUAAAGCAACUGGACUUGUUAGGUAAUCAUUCAAGACGUUUCACUACUCAUCCGAGCAGCUUCUUCAGUUCAACUGACUGGUAUGGGAAGUCCUCAGCAUAUAUACUCUUCCACUAAUCCAAUCACAAUGGCACUAUGUAACUUUUCAGAAAGGUGACCAAAGUACCCAAAGGCCCAUACAGAUUCCCACAGGCCCAAUGUGCAGCCUAUAGCAGCCCCCCUAGCAAACAAUUAGCCUGAAUAUUAGUACAUAUAUAUCUUGCUUGCAGGGACUGAGCCAAGAACAUAAAAAGCAGUCUCCAAGCCGGAGCAGUUCAAAGCCAACAAACCAAAACACUUGAAAUAUUAUAGUCCAAGCGUGCAGUAAUAGAACUGAAGUUGUAUAUAGAUAUAAAGAAUAAUGUCUUUUUGAAUGACUAAUGAUUUCUUAUUCACCAGCAAAUUGUUUUCUGAAUACCUCCUACUGUAACUAUGUACAAAGAUGGAAUAUUGGGGAGAAAUGUAUAUUUGCAGUUUUUGUAUCAGGAUUUUCUAUGUAUGAUAACAGUGGGAAUACCUCAGAUAUGAGUGCAGAGGUUUAAUAUGUGAGAAUGUGAAAUUAAAUCAAGACUUAUAUGUUCUACACAAA